AUGUAUACAAGGGCCGUCAUUCUCAGCUACGGCAUCUUACUCACAGUUGAGCGUUCCGUUGACGCCUUCGAAUCGCCUCGAAUGUCACUAAAAGUGGAUGUCGUCAUUCUCAAAGAAGGAGAACGGAUUUGUGGUACGGGUGGCGCUUUGGGAACAUUACCUAUUGUUCAGAAUAAGGCCUACUUCCAAGUAAAUAUACAACAGAACGGAGCCUUUGGAAUCGGACUUGGUAAUUCCCAUGCAUCCCUCGAUGCAGUGCCGGUCACAAGUAACUUUUGGGGAAUUCGCGACAAUGGCGAUGUGAUGGCAAACGGAACUGUCAUUGCUAAGCUUACUAAACCUGUUUCUGAAGGAGAUUGCAUUGGAGUCUGCUUUGAUCACGUCGAAUUGAAAUUCUUGUUGAAUGGCGAACCCUUAGAGCCGAGCAUAACGGGUAUUAAAGGACCGGCUUAUCCCCUAGUCUACGUAGACGACUCGGCAAUUUUGGAUGUAAAAUUCAGAAAAUUCACCGAAGAGCCGCCCAGUGGAUACGGUGAAAUACUCGCUGAACAAACGUUACUGUAA